CGGUGUAUUUUAUUAGUGUGUUAGGAGUACACAGAUCUUUGCACUUUGUUGUCAUAAAAUUUGAACUUUGGAUGUUGCAAUAUAUUUUGUACUUAGGUGAGAUAAAACUGACGUGUCAGCCGUAGGAAGUGCCAGGCAUUAUACAGGUACAUUAGUCUGCAAAAACCACCUGAAAAAGUUGUCUUCUGACAGAGUACAUGAUGGACGCUUCUACUUUCGUUUUAAGUGGAGAUUUCGGAUAUGUCAUACUUGUUAUGAUAUUCUCUAUUUUCAUGAUAUUUUGGAUGGGAUUCCAAGUUGGAGCAGCAAGAAAGAAGUAUGAAGUCCCUUACCCAACAAUGUAUAGCAAUGAUGACCGAUUUAACUGUGUCCAAAGAGCUCACCAAAACACGCUUGAGGGAUACCCAAUGUAUUUACUGUUGCAAGUUCUGAGUGGCCUUUAUUGUCCAAAACUUGCAGCAUUGUCUGGCGUUAUUUGGUGUGUUGGUAGAAUUUUUUAUGCAAAGGGAUAUUACACUGGAGACCCCAACAAAAGACUGCAUGGUUCCUUUGCCUAUGUCGGAUUACUCAUCAUGUUGGUGCUUUCUAUCAUUUUUGCUCUUAAUCUCUUGAAGAUAACCAAUUUGUAAUUCCAGGAUAGGAUUUAAUCAGGCAUAGACUCUUAGUACAAUCAGUCAUCAUUAUUUCUUACUGCAUGUACCAUCUAUUCCUCAUGUAAUAUUUGUGUAUACAUGUGUACCAAUCUGUAAUACAAUGUAGUGAAUGUACAUGUAUAUAACCUGUAUAUAUGUUAAAUUAUGCUAAUUUUUGUUCAUUAAAAAUAACCAGAUGUUUAGAGUAUUGAUUUUGAACAAUUGUUUUACCUUGUAUUUCUUAAAUUUGAAUAAAUUUGGUCUUAA